UUCCGACACUUGUGCCCCGGCGGGGCUGGCACGGUAGCCGCCAUGGUGGAGGAAGGGGCGAGGCGGCGGGUGGUGGUGGAGGUCUGCAACGCGCGGAACCUCAUGCCCAAGGAUGGCCAGGGCACGGCGACCGCCUACGCCGUCGUCGACUUCGACGGCCAGCGCCGCCGCACGGCCACCAGGCCGCGGGAUCUCAACCCGCAGUGGGGGGAGCGCCUCGAGUUCCUCGUCCACGACCCCGACGCCAUGUGCGCCGAGACGCUCGAGCUCAACCUCUACAACGACAAGAAGGCUAUCGCCGCCGCCGCAGGAGGGGGAGGCGGCCGCCGCGGGGGCACGUUCCUCGGGAAGGUCAAGGUGGCCGGCGCCUCGUUCGCCAAGGCCGGGGAUGAGGUGCUCGUCUAUUACCCGCUCGAGAAGCGGAGCGUUUUCUCGCAGAUCAAGGGCGAGAUCGGGCUCAAGAUUUGGUUCGUCGACGAGCCACCGCCGCCGCCGCCCGCGGCCCCAGCGGAUGGAAAGGCUGACGCCGCCGCGGAGAAGAAGGAGGCUGCCGAGGGUGGGAAGGAGGAGAAGGAGAAGGCGCCAGCUGCCGCGGCUGCGGCUGAGGAGAAGAAACCGGAGGCGGCGGCGCCGGCCGAGGAGAAGAAAGCAGAGGAGGCCAAGAAAGAAGAGAAGAAACCAGAGGCGGACAAGAAGCAAGAGAAGAACGACAAGAAGAAGUCACCGGAGAAGGGAAAGAAGGACGGUGAGAAGCCCAAGGAGGACGGCAAAGCUAAGGAGGAGAAUAAGAAGGAGGUUGCGCCGGUGCCACCGUCGCCAUCGAAGGCGCCGCCGCCCUCACCGUCAAAGAUGGAGGUCGCGGCCGCUGGAGUCGCCGGCGACCUCGAGAUUCGUCCGCAGAGCGCCGCCGAGCGGAGCAUGGCCGCCUCUGCCGGCAACGCGUCAUAUGACCUGGUCGACCGCGUGCCUUACCUGUUCGUCCGGCUUCUCAAGGCCAAGCACCACGGCGGCGGAGACAAGCAGCCGCUGUACGCGCAGCUGUCCAUCGGCACGCACGCCGUGAAGACGCGCGCGGCGACGGCCGCUGGCGAGUGGGAUCAGGUGUUCGCCUUCCACAAGGAUAGUCUCACGGCCACCUCCCUGGAGGUCACCGUCCAUGAAUCGGCCAAGAAGCCGGCGGCGGAGGGAGAGCCCACUCCGCCGGAUGCCAACCUCGGGUACGUCUCGUUCGAUCUUCAUGAGGUCCCAAAGCGGUCGCCGCCGGACAGCGCGCUCGCGCCGCAGUGGUACACCCUCGAGGGUCACUCCAGCGACGGUACGGCAGCCUGCGACGUCAUGCUCGCCGUGUGGGUGGGCACGCAGGUCGAUGAGGCGUUCCAGGAAGCGUGGCAAUCCGACUCCGGCGGCUACCUCGUCCACACCCGCUCCAAGGCGUACCUGUCCCCCAAGCUCUGGUACCUUCGCCUCAGCGUCAUCCAAGCGCAGGAUCUGCGCCUGCCGGCGCCGCCGGACGGCAAGGCGAAGCCGAUGGGACCGGCCUUCCCCGAGCUCUACGUCAAGGCGCAGCUCGGCGCCCAGGUGUUCAAGACCUGCCGCGUCGCACUCGGCAGCGCAGCGACGGGGACAUCCAACCCGAGCUGGAACGAGGACCUUCUGUUCGUCGCCGCCGAGCCGUUCGAUCCCUUCUUGACCGUCGUCGUGGAGGAUGUCUUCUCCGGGCAGACGGUGGGACAGGCGCGCGUGCCACUGUCCACCGUGCACCGGCGAUCUGACGACCGGGUCGAGCCGCCGUCGCGGUGGCUCAACCUGUGCGGCGACGAGGCUCGGCCGUACGCCGGGCGGGUGCACGUGCGCGUGUGCCUGGAGGGCGGCUACCACGUGCUCGACGAGGCGGCGAACGUGGCCAGCGACGUCCGCGCGGCGUCGAAGCAGCUGUCGAAGCCGCCCGUGGGGAUGCUCGAGGUCGGCGUCCGCGGCGCGACGAACCUGGUGCCGAUGAAGAUCGCCAAGGACGGCGCGAGCGGCUCGACGGACGCGUACGUGGUGCUCAAGUACGGGCCCAAGUGGGCGCGCACGCGCACCAUCCUGGACCAGUUCAACCCGCGGUGGAACGAGCAGUACGCGUGGGACGUGUUCGACCCCUGCACCGUGCUCACCAUCGCCGUCUUCGACAACGUCCGGUACAGGAACGCCGACGCCAGCGGCGACGCCGGGAAGCUGCCCAAGGAUGCGCGCAUCGGCAAGCUCCGCAUCCGCCUCUCGACGCUCGACACCAACCGCGUGUACGCCAACAACUUCGCGCUCACGGCGGUGCACCCGGUCGGCGUGCGCAAGAUGGGCGAGCUGGAGCUGGCCAUCCGGUUCACCUGCCCGUCGUGGCUGACGCUGAUGCAGGCGUACGGGAGCCCGCUGCUGCCGCGCAUGCACUACGUCAAGCCGCUCGGGCCGGCGCAGCAGGACGUGCUGCGCCACACGGCGAUGCGCAUCGUGUCGGGGCGGCUGGCGCGGUCGGAGCCGCCGCUGGGGCCGGAGGUCGUGCAGUACCUGCUCGACACGGACACGCACGCGUGGAGCAUGCGGCGGAGCAAGGCCAACUGGUUCCGCGUCGUCGGCUGCCUGUCGCACGUCGCCACGGCGGUGAAGUGGGCGAACCGGGUGCGCACGUGGACGCACCCGCCGACCACCGUGCUCGUGCACGCGCUGCUCGUCGCCGUCGUGCUCUGCCCGGAGAUGAUCCUCCCCACCGUCUGCCUCUACCUCUUCCUGGUCCUGCUCUGGCGCUACCGGGCGCGGCCGCGCGAGCCCACGGGGAUGGACCCGCGGCUCUCCCACGUCGACAGCGUCAGCCCCGACGAGCUCGACGAGGAGUUCGACGGGCUCCCCUCGGGCCGCCCCGCCGACGUGGUCCGGAUGCGGUACGACAGGCUGCGCGCCGUGGCCGGCCGGGCGCAGACGCUGCUCGGCGACGUCGCGGCGCAGGGCGAACGCGUCGAGGCGCUGCUGUCGUGGCGCGACCCGCGCGCCACGGCGGUGUUCGCGGUGGUCUGCCUGCUGGCCGCGCUGGUGCUCUACGCCGUGCCGUUCAAGCUGCUGCUGCUCGGCAUGGGGUUCUACUACCUCCGGCACCCCAGGUUCCGCGGCGACAUGCCGUCCGCCGGAUUCAACUUCUUCCGUCGCCUGCCGUCGAACUCCGACAGGGUUCUCUAGGAAGAACCAGAUCGAUCGAUCAAUUAAUCAAUCAAACCAGCUUCUUGAUCGUUUCGGUGUAAUCUUAUCGUUUGAUCAUUUCUUGCACCCAGUAAGCCUUGCUUGAUUAGGCUUGGUGAUGCUAAUAACAAUAAUAAUGAGCUAUUUCAUUCAUUCGUUCAGAAUCA